AUGAAGUCCUUCAGCAGUUCUGUAAUCAAUAAAACUGGCAAGAAGUUCGCGCCAAAGGCGCCAGUCCGCCGUGCGCCAGGCGGCGCACCCGCUAGACGACCCAGUGUUGCUCAACAGUCGCCAGAUGGACCAGGCGGCGCACCCACUAGACGACCCAGUGUUGCUCAACAGUCGCCAGAGGGGCCUGUGCAGCCUGCACCUCAGGAGGACAGAGCCUCUUUGGAAGCACAGUCGGAAUUGCCCGCAAUCACCAAGGAAACACCAGCGCCUAUUGCGGCCCCAACCGCAGAACAAACACCCACUUCUUCGGACAAUGCAGCUAUCCCUCCGGUAGCUACCUCUGUCGCUACUUCGGCCAUCAGUCCUGUCUCCACACCUAUCGCCAAAUCUACCGUUAAGCCGACUCCAAUCCCAAAGCCGACUGCAAUCGCCAAGCCGACUCCCAUCUCGAAGCCUACUCCAGUUCCCCGCCCGCAACAUCGCAAAUCCUCUAUCUCGCAACCUGGACCUCCCGCAGCCGCUCCGCCUACCCCGCCUCCUACUCAACCCACCCCAAGUCGCACCGACGUCACCGCAACCGAAAGCCAACCUGUAUCUGCCGAGGAUCAUGGGCCAGAGACCGCCCUUUUAGAGUACGACAGGGUCGAAACAGCGCGGGCCGCAGAACACCUUGUAGGUACGACUGAAGCUCCCCAACCACCUCAAACCGAAGGAGCUGCCCCAGCCGAGGGUCGGCCCAUAAAGAGCGCGCGCAAGUCUUCUACUACAACCAUCACGUUUCCAGCCAGGACGAAAUCUGUAUCCGCAGCGACAAGCCGUCGGGAUUCCCAGUCAAUUGUGCCCAGUAUCGAAGGUUCAGGUGCAACGCCGGCUGAUUCCAACCUCUUCACUCCCGAUCCCGUCAAACCAAAGAAACGCAAGUACUCGAAGGCAGGGACCUCUGACCCAGAGGGUAGCGAGAAGCCAAAGCGCGUCCGCAAAAAGCGCGAACCCACCCCAGAAGGCGCAGAGACAGUGGAAAUUUUGCCAAAUGUGGUGAAAAUGUCUGAGCUUUGCAAAGAUCUCAGAACCGGAAAGAAGUCUAAGCGCGAGACAGAGCUACGCAAGAUCGAUCAGGCGGAAGAGGAACGGAAGAAACAGGGCGAGACUCCUGGGCCCAGAUCAUCUGUGAAACGAAAUGAGCCCGAACAGGAAAGAUCUGAACAAGCCGUCGACUGGAAACCUCAGUCAGGCCCAAAAAUGCGCAUCGUGAAUGGCGAGAUCGUGCUGGAUAGUGAAUCCUUGCAGGUUGACCGUCACGCAGAUGCCGCACGAGAAGUCGGCGAUCUGGAAGAUGUGGUGGAAAAUUCGUUAACCCGGAAGAUCAACCAGGCCACAUACGGCAGGCGUUCAAAAACAGAAGGAUGGGAUGAGGAAAUGACUGACUUGUUCUACCGCGGGCUCCGGAUGUUUGGUACCGAUUUCAUGGUAAUCAGCAAACUGUUCCCGGGCCGGUCACGCCGACAGAUAAAGCUGAAGUUCAACAACGAGGAGCGACGUGAUCCGCAGCGGAUUAAAGAUACCCUCUUCGGUCCGCGUGAAGUAAUCGACAUUGCAACAUACUCAGAGAUGACGAACACUGUCUACGAUGACCCCAGAGUCGUCCAACAAGAACUUGACGAAGAAAAGGUGCGGAUUGAAGCUCAGCACGCUAAAGAGAAGGCGAUGCAGGAGGAUAUGCUGCGCAAUCCAACUGGCAACGCCAAGGAAGACCAGAAUGACAAAACGGCUCCCAAGAAGUCGCGCAAAAAGGCGCCUGCAAAGAACCUAGGAGGUGGCACAGAGGAAGUUCUGGGAACGAUUGAUGAUUUCCCCAUGUCUUAA